UGCAAUUUGAUGAAGAAAAUCGUGAAAUGCGGCGAGCGUUUCAGGACACGAAAAAUUCGCCGGAAUUCGAGAAUAAAACUGCGUGACGGUUGUCUGGCAACUUGCGCAGCAUUAUCGUUUCUUUCGAUCGAUCUAGCGAUUCGACGGCAAUGACAUCGGAAUGGGACAAGGAAAGGGAAGCUUUAAAUAAACUGCUAAGCCAAGCUUCGAUCUUAGUAUCAGAAGGCGUGAGCUCUCAGGACGUCUCCAUUGACGAUCAGUUAGCAGAGCGCUUGAAUAAGCUACAAUUGGAGAAAGGCGAUGCGGAAGAAACGAAAAGUUUUGAGCGUCCUACUAUUGCCUUUGUCAGCGAAUGCUUAAAUUUACUGGGAAACAUACAGAAAGCGUUAUUGGCAGUCUCUGCGCUUGAAGCAGGGAAAAGAAAGGAGGACAACCGAGAUAUCAUUGGUGUGAGAGAUUUGCGACUGAUUCAUACUUUGCUACAAAUCGUGAUAUCAUGGGGGUUAUAUCCUUGCUUCUUGCCGGGAGUAGGCGUGCCAUUAUCCAAACGCGUGAAAUCCGGAUAUACCAACCACGAACUGCUUGCGCGUGAUGGAAUUGACAAUGAGAAUGGUGCAUCGAAAUCGACAAAAAAUGCUGCGGAUCAGCCUACUUUGCUUGAUUUAACAACCAAAUUGAUGGAUAUCUUGGUGACAAAUCAGCAGGAAACCGCGUCAGGGUAUACAACUGUAGCCUCCAUUAUUAUGAUCCGUCAUCUUCCCGAUCUGUACGCAGCGCUUCUUCAACUCGCUUACGCGCCUACACCGAAACCGCAACCAGGCUCCUCACAGACCACCAGUGCACCUAUACCGAGCAAUCCCGCGGCGAUCUUUACCCAAGAAAAGAAGGAAAGGACGGUUUCCUACAAAGACCGUGAUCGGUGUGCGCGAAUGUUUAUGUGGCUCUUUGAUAGAUCAGACGCUUAUCGUGCGAUGGAGUCAUUGAUGCUACUCUUGGGUACCUCCCCGUUGCAUCCUGUACCUGGCUGGCUUCGUAGUAUCUGCGGCCGCUUUCUCUCCCGCAUUCUUUUGAAACCGAAUGGCGUGGCCAUUGUGCUUGAAUUCACACUUGGUGAUGCUGAACAAGUUCAGUUGGAUCAGUUGGAGAAAGUGUCUCAACUUAUUUUAUCUGUGCCGCAGCAAAUGCCGUCCGUGGAACAUUAUUACGCAAUAAUUACACCUCAGUUAUUGACAUUGUUGCAAAAGAAUGUAAAACGAGGACAGCAAAACUCAUCGACGAGCCAAGUGGUGACUUUUAUUAUUGGAAGAAUGGCUCUCAAGUAUCCGGAUUUGACGCAGGCUUAUAUUGUCGACAAGAUCACGGGACCAUUUUUACGGUAUUGGAACACGGAGACGUUCGAUAGCUCGGCAGAUGGAGAUUCAUUAUUGGAUCGCACGGUGAUGAUUGAGGAAGAUAUCAUGCUCAUGCUGCAACUGCUGCAUCGAGUGAUGGUUGGAGAACCGUCUCCGGAGAUCAUUCGGUUGUUCUUGGAGAAAAUGGUGCCAGCUCUGUAUCAUUUAUAUGAAUCAGCCGUGAAAUCCAAAUCAGGAAUGCGAGAAACGGGGUUGGAUUUGUUGACGAUUUAUUUCCGGCUGGCUGGCAGCAAAGAAGCUAUCAAUGACCUGAAACGGCUUCUGCUUGACCCUCGAGACUUGUAUGGCACACGCGUCGCUUACUUUGCGGCAGGACCGUCGGGCGGUAUCGAGUUACGGUUACGAAGGAAGCCACAGAUGUUGGGAGGCAACCAAUUGCCUAUCGACACGGACAUCUUGGUAGAAUUCGUCCAAACCAUCAACAAUCCCGAUUUGUGCGGUGAUUUCUUUGUGUUUCUCCUCAAUGAAUACUCGUCUAUAAAAAUGGGCGCGCAGAACAUUGAUCCCAAAAUCAUGUUAUUGACACUACAAUUAAUCAUGGGCAUGUUGGACUCAUUGGGGCCUACGAUUCUGAAAAAACCUACCCAAAUCCUGGCCUUUGGCAACAAUAUCAUUACUGAAUAUGUGGAACGUCUGCAAAAAACGACGGAAAAACGGCCAAACAAUAGCAGAUUUCCCGAUAUAGCAAAUAUUGUAUCAGAGGAAGACAGGGAGAUGAUCGAAGAUUUACAUGAUGAUACUGUGUCCGUGGAAGAAGAUGUGGAAUCGUUAUUACUUGCUAUCAACCUGCUUCGAGCCGUCAUCCAUGAAAAUGACGAACUGAGUCUGCAAGCAAUGCAGCUUUUGGAAAGUGCUCUGGGACCGUUGAAAGAAUUAGAGGCACGCUCGAUGGAUAUCAUCAAGGAAGCGGUGCAUGAAGUGAUGCUGGCCAUUACUUCCCAUUUAUCGGCACAGAAAUUCGCAAAACAGGGCAAAGGAAAGCAAGAUUCGCAGAUGGAAGCUUCCAAGACCAAGUAUCGCGAGGCCAUGAAAGCGUUGCAGGAUGAAUUAUUACCAGUACGAGCGCACGGGAUUGGGAUGCUGAAAGAAAUGGUGCUAGCAAAAGAUCCGCUGGUAUCAACAGGCACAGGACUAGACAGUGUGCUGGAUAUGUUUGUGCGGCUGGUGCAAGACGAAGACAGUUUUAUCUACUUGAAUGCUAUCAAGGGGUUAUCCGCUUUAACCGAUAUCCACGGCAAUGCAAUUAUUCGCAAGUUGGGAGAAAUUUACUGCGAUGACCAGCAACCUUUGGAUAACCGACUUCGGGUGGGCGAAGCAUUGCUUCAAACCGUCCAGCGAUGUGGCGACGCAUUAAGCAAAUAUGUACAUACCCUUGUAAAACCGCUUGAAACGGUACUGGUACAGCGUCAAGUGGACACGCAUUUACGUGUGUCAGCCUUGUCUAUUUUGAGCAUGGCAUGUCAAACUUGCCCGAGGGCACUGACGGGGCAGCUAUGGGAAUUGACAGACUGGGUGUUGAACAUUCUGGAACUAGAAAAGGCUGCCGAGGUUCGAAGAGCUGCAACCGUUUUACUUUUAUCAUUGUUUCGUGGGUUUGCGUCCCAGACAUUGUACGAGUAUCCUGUUGAAAACUUGAGACGAACGUAUCGCACGUUGCGAUAUAUUGAAGAGACGGAUCCGGAUGAGCUGACUCGGUAUCAGGCGAGAGUGGCAUUAAGUGAUUUUGAUGUCAUUAUGCGGGGAGAAAUUUUUCGGAAAUAAAGGGUGCAUUGCUGUCAAAC